GUGCAAGAAGACAGCCUCUGUUUCAACGGCGUUGGAGGAAGAGGUCUAGUACAUAGCGGCAGUAUAUUGAUCAUUGGGGCGUUGUUUGAAAUAGCCAUUUAUACAAGGCUAUAUAUGAACAACUGUCAAGUGCCGAACUGUGCUCGCUUCAUUAUGAUACAGCACAGGAACUAAUAGCAGAGAUGGCAUCUAUAGGACUAGUCGCCAAACUACAGGCUGGAGUUAUUAGGCACGCGAUACCACUCCGCUCACUAUUGAAAACAACCGCUAGUCCAGUCCACUUGACCCACAAGGCCCAGCCCAGACUGCCUCUGUGGAGAUGCCAGCAAGUUCUCUUCUGCAGCACUCUAGCACCCUCCAGUGACGUGUCCGUGCAGUACAAACAUGGACGCCCUGUGGUGGCCCUACCACUGCCCUCCAGGAGAGAGACGUGCCUCUUCUUCCUCAGGCCCAUGCUCAUGACUGUCAAUGACUUCAUACAGGAUCUGCACCGGGAGGAUUCUGGGAUCACAACCGCCGCUGUACUCACAACAGAAGGGGAGAAGGUUGCAUGUACCACAUCCAUUGGCACACUCCUUAGCAAGAACUUCAAGCUGGUCAUCAAUGAUGCUGUCUACAAUGUGCACACAGCACAGGACGAGAUGAGCAGCCAUGAGCAUGCCAUGGGCAUGGAAGACGUGAAGCACAUGGUGCACCUGCUCCACACGGCCCUCCACCUCCCCAGCCACCACAUCCUGAAGGAGAGGGAGCUGCUGGAGAAACUGGACACCCUCAAACAGGAACUGAGCCCGCUAGAGAAGGUAAAAGCCCAAAUAGCGCGGCGGGCGGAGCUGAGCUCCACCGGGGCGGUGUGGAUGGGCCUGGGUCUGCUCUCGGUGCAGGGCGGCGCUCUGGCCUGGCUCACCUGGUGGGUUUACUCCUGGGACGUCAUGGAGCCGGUCACCUACUUCCUCACCUCUUCCACCGGCAUCGGGGUGUUUGCCUAUUACGUCCUCACCAAGCAGGACUAUGUGUAUCCGGAUGCAAAAGACAGAAAGUACCUGCAUUAUUUCUACAAGGGUGCCCAGAGAGCUCAAUUUAAUGUGGAGAGAUACAAUCAUCUGAAGGACGAAUUGACUGAGGUGGAGGGGGAUUUGCGACGUCUGAGGAACCCAAAUCAACUUCAGCUGCCCCUUGACCAGAUCCAGCCCCCAAACUGAAGAUGAUUCAUGGUGGAUGGAACGCUUUUUUAUUUUCAUAAUGGUGCCUUUUUCAUUUUAAAGCAUUUAAAGACAGCCAAUAUCCUAUUACCCAAUACAUUUUCAAGAACUGGAAUUAUUGAAAUAAAGGUUAUAAAGAAA